AUGAGCCGGCGCCACCUCGUCCUCCUCCCCUGCCUCCUCCUGCUCCUGGCCGGCGCCGCGUCGGCGUCGAGUCCCCCGAAGGCGAGCCGGGCGGAGGCGGAGGGCUACGUGCGGCGGUGCUGCCGGGCCACGAGCUACCCGCGCGCGUGCGAGCGGAGCCUGGUGCCGCGCGCGCCGGCCGUGGGGCUCAGCCCGCGCCGGCUGGCGCAGGCGGCGCUCGCGGCCGCCGCCGACGCCGCGCGCAACUGCUCCGCCUACAUCGGCUCCCCCUCCUCCUCCUCCUCCUACGCGUCGUCCAAGGGGAAGGGGAAGGGCGGCGCCAUGGGGGACUGCGCGGAGACGGUGCGCGACGCGGCGGACCUGCUGAAGCAGUCGGCGGCGGAGCUGGGCGGGCGGGUGGGGCGCGCCUCGUCCCCGCGCUUCGCGUGGUGCCUCAGCAACGUGCAGACCUGGGCCAGCGCCGCGCUCACCGACGCCGAGACCUGCCUCGACUCCCUCGCCACCUACGCCGGCGCCGGCGCGCCCCGGGAGGACGUGAGGCGCCGCGUCGUCGCCGUCGAGCAGGCCGCCGGCAUCGCCCUCGCCCUCGUCAACCGCCUCCAGCCCGCGCGCCGCCCCGCCGCCGCCGUCCACCACCAGUAG